AUGGAGCACGCCGCUGCCGACCCUGCAACCGAGACCCGUGUCCUGCUGGACAAGAACUCGAACGGCGUGCCGACUCUGGUGCCGAAGCCGCAAUUGUUCUCGGGCGGCGCCGCUGACGGCAGCACCCAUCUGGUCAAGGUGCGCCGGAAGAAGGCCCGCGAUGAUAGCUUAGUUGGCGCCUUCUGUGGCUGGCUCGAGGCGCAUCAGAUUGGCCUCUCAGUCAAUCUGCUGAUCCUGCUCGCGCUCACUCACGCCUGCUUCCCUCGGGCCCGUCCUACCACGCGCAAGUUCUUCGAGCUGUCCUACUACGAUGCCGCCACCGGCAAGUACACGCACGGCUGGGAUGACUUCCCUUUCGUCUUUUUCGGCAUCGUCGUCUUCACGGCGCUCCGAGCUGCCACGAUGGACUACGUGCUGAAGCCCUUGGCACGUCUGGGCGGCAUCCAGAAGAAGAAGGCGACGGUUCGCUUUGCUGAGCAGGGCUGGCUGCUGGUCUAUUGCUCCAUCUUCUGGACGCUGGGCAUGUACAUCAACUACAACUCGUCGUACUGGCUCAACCUCUACGAAAUGUGGAGCAACUGGCCCAUCCGCCAGAUCAGCGGCCUGAUGAAGGGCUACUACCUCCUGCAGUUCGCCUUCUGGCUGCAGCAGAUCCUCGUGAUAAACAUGGAGGAGAGGCGCAAGGACCACUGGCAGAUGUUCACCCACCACAUCAUCACGAGCGUGCUCGUGUCCAUGAGCUACAGCUACUAUCACACCAGGGUCGGCAACGUCAUCUUGUGUCUCAUGGAUGUGGUCGACAUUUUCCUCGCGAGUGCCAAGCUCCUCAAGUAUCUCGGAUACCAAACCGCCUGCGACAUCGGCUUUGGCAUCUUCAUCGCCAGCUGGGUGAUCGCACGACACGUCCUGUACAUUGCGGUCUGCUGGUCGAUCCACGUGUCGCUCCCGAUCGCGGCGCCUUACGGAUGCUACAAUUCGGUCUCGGGCAACCGUCUUCCCGAUUCUCCGACGACGCCGGCCGACGGCGGUGAUGAGCUCAUGUACGAGAUCUGGCAGCCUUUCCGGGAUCCCGAGGGGCCCGUCUGCUUCAACGCACGCAUCCGCAGGGCUUUCCUCGGGCUGCUCGGCGGGCUCCAGGUCAUCACGCUCGUGUGGUUCUGGAUGAUAAUCAAGGUCGCGUACAGGGUCGUGACCGGCCAGGGUGCCGACGACACGCGCAGCGACGACGAGGGUGACGAAGACGAGACCGUCGGCGAUGACGAGAAUGCCGAUCGUGGCAAGCACGGGAAGCCCGCGAACGGCACGGCGGCCCUUUCGAUUGACCGGAAGCCGCUUGAGGAAGAGGUUGGCGUCGAGGGCUUGCACUUCGGCACUCCCACGAGGAGAAGGAGCGAGAGGCUGUACAAGCGCAGCAGCAGCCGCGCCAGCGGCAUCAGCAUCUCCGGCACCAGCGACCGGAAGGAGCUGCUUGGAAGAAUCGGUUGCGAGAAGCCGGUGAAGGAUUAA